AUGCCGCCAUCCUGCAAGGGAGCUCUUCUGCUUCUCCUAGCCUGCCUCGGUGGCUUGGCCCUGGGAGAGGUCGGCAACUUUUCACCCUGUCUCAACUUCUUCUAUAGGGAAAGGCCACCGUGGCAGGGCAUCGGCACCAAGCAGAACAACAAUUUGGCAGAAAUAUGUCAAUUCUACAAGAACCAGUACAGCUUCGCCAGCCUGUACCAUAAGAAACGUCGCACACCGUUGUACUCUGCCUACAUACUCUUCACUGUUCGGUCAGGCAAACGACCAGAUGCCAGAUGGAUGUAUGAACCACAGCUUGAAAACCCCAGAGGCUCCCGAGAAAUGACUCCAUUCCCAACUCGGAAGCCCAAAGACAAGAUUGUGUUUGACAAUCGGGCAGUCCCCGCAGACUACACAAACUCCACGUACACCAAGGGCCACCUCAACCCCAGCGCACACAACAACGGAGUAGAGAACCAAAAGGCCACCUUCACCCUAACAAAUAUUGUCCCUCAGCGGAACGGCUCCAAUUGCGGCCCCUGGAAUCAUCUGGAGACGGAGGUGAAACAAAGGCUUGAGAAAUACUGCGACGGCCUCGCGUAUGUGAUCACGGGGGUCAUACCCUACCGCUCUGAAAACCACUAUAUCAAGGAGCGGGUGGCGGUGCCUGAGUACCUGUGGUCUGCCUACUGUUGCCCACGCUACAGAGCCAAGCUUCCCGAGUCUGAACAGACCCAUUUCCCCACCUAUGCCGCAGUGGGAAAAAACGACCACGAAAGUGACGACACGAUCGUGCCAGUGAAUGAAACGGGCUAUGAUGUGAGUCAGAUGCCUCUGGAGAUCCUGGAAUGCAUCCUGAAACGAAGGUUGGACAUGCACAACACCAGCCUUUUUCAUAAGCAGUGUCGUGAAGACUGAGGUCAACACACCGUCUCUUGUCCUCCUGUAAACCUGACCAAAGGCCAAGCUCCAGUGCUUUUUUUUUCUUUCCUGC